ACGUUUGCACACAUUGAGAAAGUAAUAAUGUCAACAAGAAAAGCGUUUGUAAGCAGACGGGUUUUUCUGGAAAAUGAAAUAAUUCCUGCUUGCAUAAUUGUGGACAAUGGAAAAGUUACUAGCAUACAACCUGGAGAUGGGUCUAAAAUAUCGAAAUCGGACGUGCCUGAGAUCAUCAAUGUUGGCGACCAGUUGAUAAUGCCUGGUGUUGUUGACUGUCAUGUCCACGUGAAUGAGCCAGGAAGGACGGCGUGGGAGGGCUAUUUGACAGCCACAAAGGCAGCGGCGGCAGGAGGUGUAACCACAAUUGUAGAUAUGCCGCUAAACUCUAUUCCGUCAACUGUGACAUUACCAGCCUUCACAACGAAAUUAUCAGAGGCUGCUGGGAAGUGUUACGUAGAUGUUGGUUUCUGGGGCGGCAUCGUUCCAGGAAAUCAGAAUGAGUUAGUACCAAUGCUGAAUGCUGGUGUGAUGGGCUUUAAAUGUUUUCUGAUACACAGUGGUGUGGACGAAUUUCCCCAUGUUGAUAGAUCUGAUUUAGAACAAGCAUUUCCAAUUCUUCAGGGAACAUCAGCAGUUGUUUUGUUCCAUGCGGAGGUAGACUGUGGAUGUGGCUCAAGUACCUACAUAGAAAAAGAACCUAGAAAAUAUGAAACCUUUUUAGAAUCCCGACCCGACCAAAUGGAGCUUGAAGCCAUCAAACUUGUAUGUGAAUUAUGCUUGAAAUAUAGAGUAAGAUGUCAUAUCGUACACUUAUCGACAGCCAAAGCCCUUCCAAUAAUUAUUGAAGCUAGGAAAGCAGGUGCUCCUCUCACAGUGGAGACAUGUCACCAUUAUUUAUCACUAGAGGCAGAAACGAUUCCAGAUGGCGCUACACAGUAUAAAUGUUGUCCACCAAUCAGAGGCAAGAGCAACCAGGAUUUAUUAUGGGAGGCAUUAAAGGAUGGACACAUUGAUAUGGUUGUGUCAGACCACUCUCCAUGUACUGCUGAUCUGAAAGUCUUAGACACAGGUGACUUCCUGUGCGCGUGGGGAGGCAUUGCAUCAGUACAAUUAGGUCUAUCUUUAUUUUGGACAAACUGCCUUCGACAUGACAUGACCCUAGUAGACUUAGUGCAGUUGCUAUGCAGAAAAACGGCAGAAAUGGCUAAUCUUGGACACAGGAAAGGGGCCAUUAAGGAGGGAUAUGAUGCUGAUUUUGUUGUUUGGGAUCCUGAUUCAACAUUUAAGGUGACAGAGAAGAAUCUUCAUUUCAAGAACAAGAUAACUCCAUAUAUGGGCAAAGAACUUAAAGGCGUUGUUCAAUCUACUAUUGUACAGGGAGUGACAGUUUAUGAUAGAGGAGAUUUUUCUGAGGCACCUCGAGGUCACUUUAUGCUGAACGAAAAAAAUAAAAGCCAAUCAGCUCUCUAAUCAGGACUUUUUUGGAGGAAUUGAUUAAAAAAAUCUCAUAUUGUGAACGAUAUUUAUUUUGUUAUAAAUAAAUUUUGAAAUACA